UAUGCCCGAUUCUCUGCGCUCUUUUCCGUCAUUUACAAUUUUCAAGCUGAAAAGAAAAGAACGUCGUGUGCGUGUUGAUGGCGCGAUAAGUGGAAAAAUAAAAACAAUUUUUGCAGCUUUUGUGAAAUGCAUUUAGUGGCAAUACGAGUGCGUUUACCCGUCUAAAGUUUAAGUGAAAAGUAUCAGUGCAAAUAACAUACAUAUUUAAAACCCAUUCAAAAAGUGCAACAAAACGCAAAAAAACAGAACUAAAGCUACAGAAAAUCAACGCAAUUAAAUCACUUCUGGCAUAAUUUUGGUUCCGUUUAAACAGCUAAUUUAAAAAUAGCUGCGAAAACAUUCCGCUACCGUUGGUGAUUGGUCCAAAACCCAAUGCGAAAAAUUCCCCCAGGAAUCCUUCGAUUUUAAGUGGCUUACGCAUGCCUUUAAAUUUGCAGUUUUGCACCCCAAAAGCAGCCAUCAAAAGCCAUCGCAGAAAACCCUAUGGAUGACCCAUCAAUCAAAAAACGGUUAAUAGAUUUGUAUACUGACGAACAUGAAUACGAUGAAGUUCAGGAGCUGCCAGAAGAGUCAAGCAUUCAGCCCCCGGAGUCAUCAGCGAGCAAUCCGAACACGAACGGUGCCAGACACUCAGGUCCUGGAACUGCAACUGGAGCAGGCACAUCCGCGGUUGCGCCCCAGUCACCAGCAAUUGUUGUGGAUUCGGUUCCCGAGCUGCCAGCGCCCAAGCAGAAAUCAGUGAAGAACUCAAAGAGCAAGCAAAAACAGAAGCAAUUGUCCAACAAGUCGAAGAUACCGCGAUCCCCUUCGCUAGCGAGCAGUCUGAGCAGUCUGGCCAGCAGCCUCAGUGGUCACCGGGAUCGGGACAAAGACCGGGACAAGGAUCGGGAUCGGGAGAACCACCAGUCCGUGCCACCGCAGACCCCGCCGUUGCCAGCGAGCUACAAGCAGAGCCAGAUGAAUGGUGACACCACAACUGCAGCUGGCGGUGGUGGUGUUCUGUCUGCUCCAGCCACGCCCACAUCCGCAAAUAAUAACAAUGCCAGCAACAGCAACAACAACAACAACGGCAGCAUAAUGGGCGGGGGCGUGCAAUUGAAUCAAUCGGACAACGGCAACCCCGUUCUGCAGGCGCCGGGGGAGCGCAGCAGUCUCAAUCUGACACCACUUGCCCGGGACCUGGGUGGUGGGCAUUCCCAGGAGCCCACGACGCCAGCGACCACGCCGACGACGCCGAGCCAAGCAUUACCAAAAAGUUUUCAGUAUUUAACCCUGACUGUGCGCAAGGAUGGCAACGGAUACGGAAUGAAGGUUUCCGGUGAUAAUCCUGUGUUUGUGGAAAGCGUUAAGCCUGGCGGAGCCGCCGAGGUUGCCGGCCUGGUUGCUGGCGAUAUGAUACUAAGAGUAAAUGGCUAUGAAGUGCGCCAGGAGAAGCAUCCAACGGUAGUUGGCCUUAUAAAAGCCUCUACCACAGUGGAGUUGGCCGUGAAGCGAAGUCAGAAGCAGACGCGACCGACUUCGGUGACCGUGGUAACGCCCUCGACACCAAUUCUUUCUGGACGAGAUCGCACUGCUUCCAUUACUGGUCCGCAACCAGUGGAUAGUAUCAAACGGCGGGAGAUGGAGACGUACAAGAUCCAGACGUUGCAGAAAAUGCUGGAACAGGAGAAACUGAAUCUGGAGCGUUUGAAGAGCGAUCAGAACAACCCGAGCUACAAGCUGUCGGAGGCGAACAUCCGUAAGCUGCGCGAGCAACUCCAUCAAGUGGGAGCCGAGGAUGCACCGACUGUCAAACUUCAGGCGGCCGCUGGCAAUAAGAACACAGCAUUACUAACGCCCAACCAAAUCCAACACUUGUCCGCGUCCGCCACUCACAGCAAUCAGCAAUUCCAUCAUCUUCACCACCACCACAAUCUCCACAACAACAAUUAUCCGCCACAGCAACAGCCAGCAAGCACCUCACCCGCAUUCCUCUCCCUCCUGCCGCGUUCCCUGUCGUCCUUGUCGCUGGGCACGCGCAAAAACAAGAUCGAAAAGGACCUAACGACUCCAUCUCCGUUCGGCUUGACCGCGGACUUCCUGCAGCAGCAGCGGAUGAGCCACCAGGCGGAGGCCAUGUCGCAGUCGAUGCAUCAGCACACCAGCACUCCAACCUCGCAGCACCCGUACUUCCAUGCGCACCAGCAGCAGCAGCAUCGGUUCAAGGACUCCGGACCUUCGAAGGGCAAGAACAAGUUCUUGAUAUCGCGGAGUUUGAUCGAGGAGGAUGUGCCGCCACCGCUGCCGCAGAGGAAUCCCCCACGACAGUUGAACCUGGACCUAAAGAACGGAAAUGCAUCACCGGGAGGCUCGCAUCUGGUGGCUCCUGUCUCCGAUCUGGAUCGUGCCACAAGUCCCCAGUUAAACAGGUCGCAACAGCAGCCACUGCCCAGCAGCACAGACAACAGUCCGAGCAACGCCAAGUCCAAGCGUUCCAAGAUCAAAACGAAGGCAUUGUCCGACCCCAAGAUGUCCACCCAAAUGUUCCUGCAAAUGGAAUCGGCCUGCGCCGCGGGACAAGCCGGAGGAUCCAUCGAAGUGGAUGGAGGCCCGCCGCCGUUGCCGCCCCGAUUGCCUGGCAUGAUGACUGAGGACAUGAGCCGCGGCAGCUGCCAGAAUCUCGCUCAGCCCAAUUCCGUGGGCGCCAGCUUUAACUAUCCCCUGGUCUCCACCACCACGGCGGUGCAGAACGACAUCCCGAACAUUGCCUUCCCUCUGUCCCAGCGACCCAACAUUGUGCAGCAGCUGCAGCACUAUCAGCAGCAGUUGAGCGGUGGUGGCCAGGCCACAGGCGCUCUGGGACUGACACCGAAUUCUGUCAAGAACAAGCAUCGUCGAGUGGGAUCUUCACCGGAUAACAUGCAUCCAAGACAUCCGGAUCGUUUAACGAAAACCACUUCGGGUUCUUGGGAGAUUGUUGAGAAGGAUGGUGAAUCCUCCCCACCCGGGACUCCGCCGCCGCCAUAUUUGUCCACCUCCCACAUGACCGUCCUCGAAGAUCCCAACGAAAAUUGUCGCGGAGCAGGAGCAACUGGGCCAGGUGUCUUUAUCGAGUCGCAUCAGUUUACGCCGAUGGCAGGGGCCUCCUCUCCGAUCCCGACGUCUCUACAUUCCGGCCCAAUACAGGCCGCCCAGUCGAAUGACACGCAAAAGGAGAUCAUUUCAAUGGAGGACGAGAACUCCUCGGAUAUUGAGGAGCCCUUCAUCGACGAGAACGGGCCGUUCAACAAUCUGACUCGCUUGUUGGAGGCUGAGAACGUCACUUUCCUAGCCAUCUUCCUGAACUACGUGAUCUCGAACUCCGAUCCUGCGCCACUUCUCUUCUACCUGAUCACCGAGCUGUACAAAGAGGGCACCUCGAAGGACAUGCGCAAGUGGGCCUACGAGAUCCACUCCACGUUCCUCGUGCCGCGCGCUCCGCUGUCAUGGUAUCGCCAGGACGAAUCGCUCGCCCGAGAGGUGGACAAUGUUUUGCAGUUGGAGUACGACAAGGUGGAGAUCCUACGCACCGUCUUCCUACGCAGCCGCAAGCGUGCCAAGGACCUGAUAAGCGAGCAGCUGCGUGAGUUCCAACAGAAGCGCACCGCCGGUCUGGGCACCAUAUACGGACCCACCGAUGCCCACCUGGCUGAGGCGAAGACGGAUAAGUUGAAGGAGCAAAUCAUCGAUAAAUAUUUGAUGCCCAAUCUGCACACGCUGAUUGAGGAUGAGAACGGUUCCCCGCCGGAGGAUGUGCGCAAAGUGGCCCUGUGCUCGGCUCUCUCCACGGUCAUCUACCGGAUCUUUAAUACUCGUCCGCCGCCAAGCAGCAUUGUCGAGCGAGUCCACCACUUUGUGAGCAGAGACAAGAGCUUCAAGUCACGUAUAAUGGGCAAAAAUCGCAAGAUGAAUGUUCGUGGUCAUCCAUUGGUAUUGCGUCAAUACUAUGAAGUGACGCACUGCAAUCAUUGUCAGACGAUUAUCUGGGGUGUGAGUCCGCAAGGUUAUCAUUGUACAGACUGUAAAUUGAACAUACACCGUCAAUGCUCGAAAGUAGUUGACGAGAGUUGUCCCGGACCCCUGCCCCAGGCAAAACGUCUAGCCCAUAACGACAAAAUCAGUAAAUUCAUGGGCAAAAUUCGACCGCGCAACAGCGACGUCAUUGGAAAUGAAAAGCGCAGUCGGCAAGAUGAGGAUUUGGAUGUGGAGUUGACUCCAGACCGUGGUCAGCCGUCGAUUGUGCGUCAACCCUCGGAUCGUCGCCCGGAUGCGAACGUAUCGAUACGCUCGAAUGGGAACACAUCCUGCAACACUUCGGCACUGAACACCACCGAGCUGCAGAGCUCGUUUCACGGCAGUUGCGCCAACGACAGUAUUAACCAAGGUGGUGGCGCCGGAUGCAACAUGGAUCUGUCCACCAGUGUGGCGUCCACGGCUCCGUCAAGCAGUGGAUCCGUAUCCGCCGGUCUGAGUGUGUUUGCCGAGCUGAACGCGCUGGAUGCCGUGGAUAAGGAUGCGCGAAGGGAACGUUACAGUCAGCAUCCGAAGCAUAAGAGCGCUCCGGUGUCCGUAAACCGCUCGGAAUCCUACAAGGAGCGCUUGUCCAACAAGAGGAACCGCAACAGUCGCCGCAAGACCUCCGAUCCAAGUUUGUCGUCGCGUCCCAACGAUGAGCAACUGGACCUGGGUCUUUCGAAUGCCAACUAUGUGGCCAGUUCCAAUUCUAGUCUCUCUUCAGCUGGCGGCAGCGAGAGUCCCAGCACUUCGAUGGAGCAUUUUGCUGGGGCUGGAGCAGCGGGUGGCCCCCAGGCACCGGCGGGUGGUUUCAACCAGAGUCAGCAUCCGCACCUGCUGAUCCAGCAGCAUGCCCAGCAGUAUUGCCAGCAGGAUUCCUUUCAGGCCGGAAUGGCAGGGGCCGGUGGAAGCAGUGCAGCCAGCAACUCGAGUUUCUGGAAUGCCGGCCACCCGUUGGCCAGGCAGUGGAAUCUGGAGAGCGACGACGAGGACGACGUCAACGAGGCAGACUGGAGCUCCAUGGUGGCAGCCGAGAUGCUGGCAGCUUUAACGGAUGCCGAAAAAAAGCGUCAGGAGAUUAUUAACGAGAUAUAUCAAACUGAACGCAACCACGUGCGCACCCUUAAGCUGCUGGACCGUCUGUUCUUCCUGCCACUCUAUGAGAGCGGCUUGCUGUCGCAGGAUCAUUUGCUUCUGCUGUUUCCACCCGCAUUGCUUUCGCUCCGUGAGAUUCACGGCAACUUCGAGCAGAGCCUGAAGCAGCGACGCAUCGAGCACAAUCACGUGGUGAACACCAUAGGGGAUCUGCUUUCCGAAAUGUUUGACGGUCAGUCCGGAGUGGUUCUCUGCGAGUAUGCGGCUCAGUUCUGUGCCCGCCAGCAAAUUGCCUUGGAGGCCUUGAAGGAGAAGCGCAACAAAGAUGAGGCGCUGCAAAAGCUGCUGAAGAAGUCGGAGUCGCACAAAGCAUGUCGCCGCCUGGAAUUAAAGGACUUGCUGCCCACUGUGCUGCAGCGCCUCACGAAGUAUCCUUUGCUGUUUGAAAACCUGUACAAGGUAACGGUGCGCUUGCUGCCGGAAAACACUAACGAAGCGGAGGCCAUCCAACGAGCCGUAGAGUCCUCGAAAAGGAUUCUCGUGGAGGUCAACCAGGCAGUGAAAACUGCCGAGGAUGCACACAAAUUACAAAACAUUCAGCGUAAGUUAGACAGAUCCUCCUAUGACAAGGAGGAGUUUAAGAAAUUGGACCUGACUCAGCAUCACCUCAUCCAUGACGGCAACCUGACGAUCAAGAAGAAUCCUAGCGUUCAGCUGCACGGCCUGCUCUUUGAAAACAUGAUUGUUUUGCUGACCAAGCAGGACGAUAAAUACUAUUUAAAGAACCUCUACACACUGCAUCUGAACAAUAGGCCGGUCAGUCCUAUUAUGAGCAUCGAUGCAGAGACCUUGGUGCGCCAGGAAGCGGCCGACAAAAAUUCCUUCUUCCUCAUCAAGACAAAGACAACACAAAUGUUGGAGCUGCGUGCGCCUAGCAGCUCUGAAUGCAAGACAUGGUUUAAGCACAUCUCGGAUGCUGCUGCCCGCCAGUCAAAGAACCGUUCGAAGAACGCGUCGAACAGCCAUGACACGAGCAUUAGUGACCCCGCUCUCACCGCUAUUCCGCAUUCCAACACCAAGGAGUCGUUGGAGCUGACCACCGAUUGUGCUCAGCCAAUGGCGGCGACAGCCACUGUGACCACCACGCCCUUGGCGCCGAUGCUACCGAUAGCCACGGUCACUCCGGCUCCGGCGACCAACAACAGCAACACCAGCUCCCUUACCGGAGUGCAGCUGCGCAAUCCUCAGAGGGAGACGGCAGCCAAUGAAUCUGAUGGGGAUUAUGUGAACUCACCUAAGCAGCGUUCGACCCAGAACGAUGUCAAUCGUUCCAUGUCCAUAAGAAGCACUGGGGAGCCAAGCCAUAAGUAUUCCGCGGGUGGAGCCGAGCCCAGCGACGUCACUCUGCGCCACUCUCAGUCGGCUAGGGAAUCGGCCAGGCCAGGAUCGACGGGAGAGGAGAGAAACUCCACCUACGGAAUGGUGGGAGGUCACUCCAAGCGCGACAGCGCCAGUAUUGUUUGCUCGAACAAUUCGAACAACACGCGCACCCUGCUGAUGCAGAGCCCAUUGGUGGACCCAACGGCCAUUCAGGUCAGCAUUAGUCCGGCGCACACCGCGGAACCUGUGUUGACGCCCGGCGAGAAGCUUCGCCGCUUGGACGCGUCCAUAAGAAGUGACUUGCUGGAGAAGCAGAAAAUCAUUUGUGAUAUCUUCCGUUUGCCCGUGGAGCACUACGACCAGAUAGUCGACAUUGCAAUGAUGCCAGAGGCGCCGAAAGACAGUGCAGACAUUGCCCUAGCUGCCUACGAUCAGAUUCAAACCCUGACCAAGAUGCUGAACGAGUACAUGCACGUGACGCCCGAACAGGAGGUCUCAGCGGUGUCCACCGUGGUCUGCGGCCACUGUCACGAGAAGGAGAAGCUGCGCAAGAAGGUGGCGCCGUCCUCGUCGUUUUCCUCAUCGCCGCCUCCACUGCCGCCACCAAAUAGACAGCUCGCCCAGGCGCAGGCGCAGAUCCCGCCGUCGCGGGUGAUGCCCAAACUACAAACCCUUGAUCUUGACGAAGUUGCCAUACACGAAGACGAUGACGGAUACUGUGAGAUCGAUGAGCUGCGCUUGCCAGCGAUUCCGCCGAAGCCACAUGACAGACCCACCACUCCUCUGGCGCCAUUCAAAACGGAGCACAAGUCUUCACAGCCUGUUAUUAUCGAGACCGCGAAACGUCAAAGCAUAGAUGCUGUUGGUCUUGCUGAGGGUCUUCCGGUGGAGAAUAAACAACCCGAAGCAGCGGACAACCUGGCAGAGAAGGAAGUUGAAUCUGAGGCGACAGAUAAGCUACCUACUACUACAAGUGAAUCAUGUAACCCAGAUAAGCAGAAAGUGGAGGAGGACCAUACUAAGAAAGCAACUGAAUCAACAAUCGCUGAUAGUGAGGCCUCAGCAACAACUGGAUCUGGGGAUGCACGACCAAGUCAGGGCAGCGAGUUAACUGCAGAUGAUGUGGAGAAGCCUGUGGCGGACAAAAAAGAGGACAACGAGAUAGCCAUCGAACAAGUCGCGGUACCCAAGGUCGAUAGCUCGACUCAGACAUCACCAAUAGAAGCGCCAAAAGAUGCGGAAAAGCCAACUGGAGGAUCGGGCAGCACCUGUGGGCCGAAUCGCAUCCAGCACGCCAGCGUGCUGGAGCCAAGUGUGCCUUGCCAUGCACUCAGCGGCAUUUUGACAGUACUGAAUGAGCAGAUUUCCAUGCUUUUGCCAAAAAUUAACGAACGCGAUAUGGAAAGGGAGCGAUUGCGAAAAGAGAAUCAACACCUUCGCGAGCUUUUAAGUGCGCUGCAUGAUCGACAACGAGUUGAUGAAGUAAAGGAAACUCAGUUCGAUCUUUCGAAGCUGAUGCAUGCCGAGGACGUAGAGUGUGACGAUGACAUUGACGCCAUUUCCAACAGUUCGCUGACGCCAACGCCGACGCCGAUUCCCACGGUCACGGCUUCACCGAGCCCCGGCGGCCAAGUUCAGACAGCGGAAGCCAUGAGAGUUAACAGCACUGAGGAUGAGGAAUAGGAAACUUGUUUAAUUUUUUUGUAUAAAAUACAUAUUUGUUCUUGUUUUCCCCCACGCAUUUGACCAAUUGAAUUGGCGGCGUCUACGUUUUACGAGUAGCCUUUCUUAGAGCAUGCCUUUUACUACUGUUAAUGUAGAUCCAUUUGUUUUCUUAAAAUAUUAUGUAUUCCACAAGAACCGAUAACACUUUGAAUUAAGCCUAACAAUGUCCCCUCGUAAAACUAAUUAAAUACAUAUAUAUAUGCAUAUUAUCGACUUAAAAAAUAUCAGCUUAAUACACAAUGUUUGAUACAUUUAUAAAGAACAAUAAACAAUAUAGUUAUUGAGAAGAAUA